CCAACUCCCGCAGACUGACUGACUGACCGCCACCCCUCCUCCGAGGCUACGACGUUAAAGUGAAAGGGAGAAGAAGGCGAAGAAAAAGAAGAAGAAGAAGAAGAAGAAGAAGAAGAAGAAGAAGAAGAAGAAGAAGAAGAAGAAGAAGAAGAGGUGGGCAGCGGUGACAGCUCGACCAGCACCUUCCACUGGAGGAUGCGAUGUUUUUAACAAAGCUCCACUGGGCAUGCUCCAUCUGGUGUGAAUAACAGACAGUUUGGGCGUGUUUUUUCCCCCCCAAUUAUUAUUGGAAGGAGGUUGGUCGACUCUCUCUCUCACACAUACCUCUGAUUAUUUUAAGAUUUAAAAAAAAAAAAAAAAGCAUCUCCAUCCUGUCACAUCUCGGCUUGUUGGAUGUUUUGAGACAAAGAAGCUGCUGUUGUGCGGCGGCGGGUCGUCGGAGAGACGCAGAGGAGAGAGAGAGAGAGAGAGAGAGAGAGAGAGAGAGAGAGAGAGAGAGAGAGAGAGAGAGAGAAGGAGCGUCGGUGUGAAGGAGGUGAGUCUGCAGGCAGCAACAGAGGAGGGACUCGAGUCCUCGGACAGGCGCUGUCCGCUCAGCACCACCGCAGUCACCUUGCUGUGAAAGUCACAAACCCUCCGACACUUUAGUCCGAUCAAUUACCGCGACUCGUGCGGCCCGAUGAGCCGGGUCCGUUCCGCCGGCGGGGGGGCAAAACCGCCAGCGUGCGCGUCCUUUUAUCUCGACAUCUUGGAUCUACCGACGAUGUGACGUCCAUUCUUAAUGUGAUGCCAUUGGCUGCAAUCGCUUUUUGGACUUCGAUUCCAUAACCCUCCGGUGCGUCUGGCAGCUACACGCGUUUCAUGAUCCUCCAGUGGCACAGCAGGUGCUCGCAGAAGACACGCUCCGGGUCCGUUUCCUGGGAUGCAGCCUGGCUUCUCUCAUAGUUGGUGAAGAGACGACAGGUUGUUGUGGGAUUUUAUUUUUGUAUUUUUUGUUUGCGCGCUGCCCUCCCUUACAUAAUUUGCCUCCCCUCGGUCUGAAUCCGCCGUGCGUGGUGCGCGCGGCUCGCCUGGACUCACCUUUGAGAUGAAGGGAACUUAUCUGAGAAAUGCCUAGGGGACGCAAUGGGCCUGAGCGACGACAAGGAUCGCAUUGUGAUAAACGUGGGAGGGAUCAGACAUCAGACAUACCGCAGCACCCUGCGCACCCUACCUGGCACCCGCUUGUCUUGGUUGGCCGAGCCUGAUGCGCCCAACCACUUUGACUAUGAUGCCAAGAUCGAGGAAUUCUUCUUCGACCGCCACCCUGGCGUCUUUGCACACAUCCUCAACUACUACAGGACAGGUAAGCUGCACUGCCCGGCUGAUGUCUGCGGGCCCCUGUACGAGGAGGAGCUGGCCUUCUGGGGCAUCGACGAGACAGACGUGGAGCCCUGCUGCUGGAUGACCUAUCGCCAGCACCGGGAGGCAGAGGAGGCGCUUGAUAGUUUCGGCGGGGGGGGACUGUUAGACCUGGCGAACGAGGAUCCGGAGCCGGAGCCGGAGCACGCCGACGAUGAGGUGGAUGAGAUGACGAGGAGGCUGGCGCAGGGAGACACUCCUGACGCCAGGAGCGGAAGCCUGUGGAGCCGGUGGCAGAAGUACGUUUGGGCUCUGUUCGAGGACCCUUACUCCUCUAAAUAUGCAAGGUGGGUGGCUCUGGCCUCGCUCUUCUUUAUUCUGGUGUCCAUCACCACCUUCUGUCUGGAGACCCACGAGGCCUUCAACCCCAUCAUCAACCGCACCGAGCUGGAGGUGGUGGACAACAUCACCAUCGAGCACACCUACCAGGAGACUGAGACUGCGGCCUACCUCACCUACAUCGAAGGCGUGUGUGUGGUGUGGUUCACGUUUGAAUUUCUAAUGCGAAUAACUUUCUGCCCCAAUAAGUUUGACUUCAUUCGGAACGCCCUGAACAUCAUCGACUUUGUGGCCAUCCUGCCCUUCUACCUGGAGGUGGGCCUCAGCGGGCUCUCCUCAAAGGCAGCUAAGGACGUGCUGGGUUUCCUGAGAGUGGUCCGUUUCGUUCGGAUCCUUCGCAUCUUCAAGCUGACGCGUCACUUCGUGGGACUGAGGGUGCUGGGCCACACAUUGAGGGCCAGCACCAACGAGUUCCUGCUCCUCAUCAUCUUCCUCGCUCUCGGUGUCCUCAUCUUUGCUACUAUGAUCUACUACGCUGAACGAAUCGGAGCUAACCCCAACGACCCUCGAGCCAGCGAGCACACGCACUUCAAGAACAUCCCGAUCGGAUUCUGGUGGGCCGUGGUGACCAUGACCACCCUCGGAUAUGGAGACAUGUACCCUCAGACGACCUCUGGUAUGCUGGUGGGAGCCCUCUGCGCCCUGGCGGGUGUGCUGACCAUCGCCAUGCCCGUCCCUGUGAUUGUCAACAACUUUGGAAUGUAUUACUCGCUGGCCAUGGCAAAACAGAAACUACCAAAGAAAAAGAACAGGCACAUCCCCCGGGCACCCCAACCCGGUUCUCCGAACUUCUGUAAGUCAAGCAUCAGCUCGCAACCUCAGAGCCCCAUCCCCCAUGACGACGUUUUCGAGAUAAAGUUUCAAGAUUCCAAGCUGAACGGCGAGGCAGCUAACGCAGCUCUGGCCAACGAAGAUUGCCCUCAUAUAGACCAGGCCAUAUCUCCAGAGGAAAUCUUCAGUCCUGGCGAGAGAGAGCGGCCCUGUUUCCUGGUCACCACUGCUGAACGCCCCAACCACACAGGGGGCAGAGUGAGGAGGGGUUAUGAAAAGCCUUGGAGCCUUAACAGCAUGUCUGGCAUGAGCGGGGAUGCCUCUGGAGUGUCCUCAGUGUCCGCCCUGCCCUGCAGCCCACCCUGUCUAAUGCAGCACUCACAUUCUCCCAUCCCAUCCAUUAUGUAGCAUGGUUGAGUAGCAGACACAAUGCCAUUGGAAGGCCAGUCCACACUCCUCCUCCUUAUCUUUCCUGUCAAAUAUUUUUGCUUUGACACUUGCCUUCGCUCCUGCUUAUUUUUCAUUUUCUAUUUUAUUUUUAUUUUUCUGAAAAAAAAAAGAGAAAAAAAACUGUAUCUCAACUGUGCUUAUACUCAAGCUUCCCAAGUGUUCUCCUUGGGUGUGUCAUCAUAUCCUAGACUAGAAAACAUUGGCACAUGCCACUCUGCAUGGGUCACCUCAGUUGCAGACAAAGCACUGUUGUACUACGACCACAGGCUAAACCCACUCUUUCCUUGUGUUUUACAUCAUUGCCUGUUGCUCUGUUGCUUUUGAUCUCGCAUACUCCUCUGCCAAUAACUUUUAUCUCAUCUGCUUUUUACAACUUUGUGAAAGAAAUUUCCACAAGAUGUAACCCCUGCUAACAGUAUGCUGGACAUUAACACUACAUGGCUUUUAAACAUAUCCAAAAGGGGAUUACUACCAGCUGUUAAGGGAACUCCUCUCAAGUGCUUUGUACGUUGCAAAGUAGAGACGUUACCAUUCUGAAAAAGUGCAAUCCAGACGAGACGAGAUGUUAUCUGAGUGGCCAUAAAAAAAAAAAAAAAAAAAGAGAAAGAAAAUUUGAUCUUGAUGUUCAUGAUGUCCAAUGCAAUAUGGAGAUGAUGACAAUUCCUAUGAUACUAGUGAUGAAUACAUCUAAUGUCAACAGAACUAAAUCUGUUUGUUCAUUUGCAUGAACUGCAUGAGAAAUUAUGUUCAACAAGAAGCUAACUGUAUCGCAGUACCUGUAAGAAAAAAAAAAUCCUUUUUCUUUCUAAAGCUUCUAAAGCUUUGUCAUUCUUUAUGCAUUUUGAGACAGCUUUACAAGAGACUCAGUCAUAGCAGAGAUUUUUAUGUAGCUGCCAUUCUUUGCCUUUCCCCCAAAAAUUCAUAUAUUUAUUUUCUUGUAUUUAUUUGACUGGGGCCUCCAACAAAUACACAAUUAACUUGAACAAUCUGUCAGAAAGCCAACUAAUGCUGUUAUGAGCAUAAAUAGUUUUUAUACAAAUAUAUUUACUGGUAGUUUUUUCAAUAUCAUCGGUAGUCUGCAGCAACUUCUAUUACUGCUGUGACGCCUAAAUUAAGGCUCACAAUUUAUAGAAAACAACAACAACGGUGCCUUCAUACCUGGUGAGGCAAAGUAAAAGCGAGUAAUAAAAUUGACAUGAUAUUACAUAAGUGCUCCCUGUGUAGCAUCAAUACACUUUAUACCAUGCUCAUAACAGUGUGACGAAAGCUUUAUUUUAUAGGGUGCACCUUGUACCUUUUGCACCACCCUCAUAUACUUAAUCACAGUAGAAAACGCCCUCUUGGUUGUUGUCAACACACACUAGGAUUUAACCUUCAGAGGAAUAUAUAGAUCCAAGAAGGAAAGAUUAUGACUUUAUAAUCCCCAUCUCAAUAAAUCUUUUGUAUGAUAAAGCACAAAUAUGAUUAACGGGGACCAGGCAACUUUACAGAGCCAAAAAUGUAUUGAGUUAUGAUCAGCCAGAGAUGUCACGACGGCUCCUGCAAGUAUGUACGUCUUAUUGAUUUAAAAUAUCAAUACUGUCACUGUUACAUGUAUUGAUCCUGUCCCAAUUAUUAUGCACAAUUCUUCAGGGCACUUUGACAAAUUUUUGUGUUGACCAAUCAGAAGAAGAUACAAGUAUAGCAACUCAUCCAAGUUUUGUUUUUAAUUCUGAACGAGCAGAGUUUCACAUUUCGAGUCAUGUCUCUUGUGGUAAUUAAUGGACGUUAUAUAUUUCAAAAAAAAAAAAAAAGAAAGAAAGAAAAAAAAAAACACCAUGUGAAGAUUUGAUGUGAAGAGAUGCAGGUGAAUUAUAUGCUAAUGCAAUUCAAGUGGGAGAAAAAAAAAGUACAACGCAGCACAGUAUGGGAGGUGGGUCUACUUGGGGAAAGGUAAAUGCAUGUAUUUUACAUUUAUGCAACAAGAAAAGUAUUCAAAUAAAAUAUGUAAAUAUAAGUCCUUGCAUGAAAUAAAUUUUAUACACAAAGAGCAUUUAGACUCCGUUUUUAUUCAACAGCACAUGCAUACAUACAUCCUUCCUUUCCCACUAGCUCACAGCUAGUGCCUCCAACUGCUGUUUGACCCUCUUUCUACCUGUGUCCGGGUCAAAGAGAGCGUAACAAAACAACGAGGUGACUGUAAGAGCAUGACGCAAAGUAUACAAACGCAUGACAAUGACCGAACUACUGUACAUCAACCUGUAGAGCGCAGCAUGAUUGGGGCAUGUUUAUUAACCGACUAAGAGUCCAACCUCUGCACACAGACAGUACAUCGUUGUCUGAUGCCUUGGCUAAGCAUGGGAAAUACAUGGUAAACCCGUGGUCUACCAUGAGGAACUAACGGAGCACAUUUUCUUUACUCUCCAAGCUAGUGUCAUUUCUCACCUCUCCCCCCGCAACCUCCAGAGGUAUCCAUCAUCGCCAUCAUUUCCACCAUUAUACAUAAUUUGUGUAAUAAUUUAUUUUUGUUAUUGUUUUUUUUAUAUGUUUAUAGAGACCCAGCGACAGCACCGGAGCAGACAACCAACAGAGUCAGUUUGUGUUAUGAACCAUGGUGUACCAACCACUAUGUGUAUGACCCAUAAUGGCCCAUCACCCACCUGAUAGUCCUGUAGCAUUGUUGUGUGUAUUACUUAGUAUUUUUAAAUGGGUGUGACAGUGACAACCUGUACAUCACAAACUCAGCAUAGAUGUAGCACUGAGGAAGUUUUUGUUGUCAAGCCUUAUGUAGCUCAGUAUCUGUGACUGGUUACUGUGUUGUAAUUUUGUGUGCCUAUUCUUUGGUGUGUGCCAGUGCUGUAAAUACGCUUUUAUGUGUGCUCAAGUUGUGUGUACCGAUGUUUCUGAGUGAUCAUCAAAUAUCUGUGUGCUUCUUCUGUUGAAAG